UUACUAUAUUACUUAUCUCAAGUAAUCAAUUUUUCUAUUGUCAAUCUUUGAAUUCUUCGAGUUUUCGAAACCGAAAAUCUCACAUUCAUAGUCAUUUAUUCAUUAUAUGUAAAGUGUGUUCUUUUGGGUAAUUAUAUAGUUUCUUAGUAAUCAUCUAUUAUCGAGGUGUAAGCACGUAAAUUUUAUAUUCUUGUUUUGAAUAAUUUAAAUUUAGUGAACUUAAAAACGUAGACCAGAACGGUAUUAUAUCAAAACUAAGUGAAAUUUUACAUUUACAUUUUAACUGUUAAGACAUCUUCAGUGACAUAUUUCUGGUUUAAUGUAUACAUAAAUAAAUAUAAUUGCUGUAUAAGGAGCGUGAACAAUAUUUUAGAGGCGCUCUAACAUCCAGAAAUAGUUACUAUUUAGUGUGGUUUCCAUAUUUGAUCUCUAAUUGCUUGAAACUAACAAAAGAUUUAGAACUUUUUCGUUUCAAAUGUCAAUAUAAAUUGUCUUAAGACUAAAAGGUUUCAGCAGAAUCUGCUGUUCAUGGCAUUUUGAUAACUUUUAACUUAAAAAUAAAAUACCCUUUAUUUGUAUUAUAUUUGUCAAAGGUAACGCGUUUUGAUUUUUUGAUUUUAUUGAAGAAUUACCCUCUAUAUUAUUACAGAACCUUUACAAACAUAAGUAUUUACAAACUCCAAAGCCUCGUUAUUAAAUGAUCUUUUACUGAAUUUCUCGGAAUAUUUUUAACGCUUAGCAUCAAAUAUUUCACAAGCACGAUUUUUAUGGUCAUUUAAAGUACAACAACAUAAUAGGCACCUAUCUAUAUUACUCUUGUGUAAUUUCGGCUAAAACUUCUGGGGAGUUCCCUCACAAGCAGGAGGUAAUCCCACGUAAACGAGUCGUACUGAAAUUCGCUUCGUUUACUGGCUUUUAGCAUUGGCUACCGGUGUUGCAGUGACGUCACUAGUCGCGCAUGCCGCUACGCACCAAACCAAUUUGACAUAAUGUACGAGUCUAUAUUAUAUCGAAAUGUGUAUAAGUACACAUACAUAUGUAGGUACAUUAAAGUAGAGUUUGUUCAGCGUUUUCUCAUCAGCAUGCGAAGCAAAGCGUUAAUUGCAGUUCCGAGUAGCUGCAGUCGUAAUUGAUCGAAAAAAUAAUUGUUGGGGAAUUUCGAUACUUUGUAGAAUUUCAAUUUUCGAUGAAUCACUUUAUAAAAAUACAAUAGUGCGGUGCAGAUAAUUAGAAUAGAAAACAAAUGAUAUUUUAAUUCGAUUGGUAGUGUGUUUAACUAGUUUAUAUUUUAAAGUCAUGUUGAUUUUUCAACUUUAUUAUUCUUAAAUUCUGCACUGUUUAUUUCGUCACACUUAACUUCGAAUUUUGACUGCUCAAAGCUAAACUUCUUGUUUUCUUGCUAUUACUUGCUUCUAUCACUUUAAAAAGCUCUCAAAACUAGAGUGUCUCAGUCACAGUUAGCUUUGAUAUUAGAUCGUUCGCUACGCAUCCUUUCGCUUCACUCAAAUAUUUCAUGUACAUAAAUAGGAAAUUACUCAAUAGCAUACUUUAAUACUAUUAGUGCGAGCGGAAGAAAAUCGAAGCUUAAUAACGAGCUUCCAUCAGCGUAGCUCAACUUUCUAGAAGAUUAUUUCAUAGCCUACUUGAUGGAUAGUCACCGAGAAGAUUAUCUCGGGUUUCAUUUUCCAUAUACUAUUAUACUGAUAAAUUUAUGGAGAUGAAAUUGAAGUUCACAUUCACUCCAGCAGUUGAUUUUUUCUAAUCGAGGAUGUGAUCGAUUUUUUCUUUCAGUAAAAUAUUGAUCGUUGAAUGGAAUGAAACUGGUCAAUACUACAAAAAAAGGAAGCGAAUAAGACAGACUCAAUUUCGAGAAUGAUUAAAUAUUUAUAUGCAUAUAUAGUUGUGACCUACCACUACGCAAAACGGACCGUACUCUGAUGUAAAUAAUAUAUAUUAGAAAAAAAAAACAGUAUAGUUUAAAGCAAAGUGUUGAUGUAAAGAUAGAACGAAGUCGAAUGGAAUUCUUUCUGAAGCUACUUGAUCUACUAUUACAUAUACGCCCCUUACAAUUUUACAUUCUUAAGGAUUGAUUACCUAAUAGACAUAUACAAGUACUUGUAGAGAUAGUAACGUAUAAAACUAGCUCUGCUUACGCCCUAUGUUGCUUGCUUUGUAAAGCUGUGUAGUGGAUAUGCGAACAUUACAGGUUUCGUAGGUGAUUACAUAAUUAUUUUUAUCUUGAGUGGGUUUAGUUCAAAUUGGUUUCAAAAGACGAAACUACUCAAGUGACAUAUCAAACUGAAAAACAUACUGUAACAAGUUUUAAGGAAGGUCGUGGAUUUGUUAGCUAUUAGCAUAUAAAGUUGGGUUCUUGAAGUUUUGACAGAUGCGUUUGUCGUAAGAAUGUAUCAUCUGUUCAAUGUCAAAAGUUAAUUUGCUUCACCGUGAUGUAUUUUAGAGAUAAAUAAUGUCGUAAAAUACGAUCUUUCUGCUUCGAACACUUUGGCUUUACAUUGUAUACUCUGUAGUCGUUGUAUGAAAAACAUGUUUAUUUGACAAAAUAUCUUUAAGAAAUUUUACAUGAAUUAUUGUUCAAAACUUGAAUAAACUCUAAAUUGUGAUACUUUUAUUUGUUUAUAUAUGGCAUUUUUCUAUUCUAGGUUCUAGAUAAACAACUAUUAGAGGGCAAUAACACGACUGUACACCACACCGUAGACGAUUCUAUGCCGAAGAUAAAUAUUAAUUAUGAACAAUGAGACAACGCAACGACGGAACGUUUACAGAUAAAUCAGCAAGUUAGGUACUUCAAUUAAUGAGAUUACGGAAAAUUUGCUAAAUUUUUUUUGGUGUUCUCUCAAAGCGAGUGCACGCGGCAUUGUGUUGAGAACGAUAACAAUCCAAGUUAGAAUUUUAGAAACGUAGCAACAGCUUCUAAUUAGCAACGCUAACGACUGGAUAUGCAAAUAGAGUUUGCGUCCUUAAGCGAACGCAUGGAGUUACGAGUAUCAAACUGUAUAAUUUUAACGGCAAUGAACUGAUAUCUUACGAUUUACGUAGUUUGUGGUUUACAAAGUGAAAGCAGUUUUUUAAAAAAUGGUCAAAGUGAACAGACAUCUUUUGCCCAUAAAGGCGCAUUACUUUUUCUUCAUGGCUGCAAUGGGUCCCAUACUGCCGCAGCUGUCGGUGUAUGGCAAGCAAUUGGGCGUUUCAGCAGAUGUUAUGGGCUAUAUAACAUCGGUGCUGCCGAUCAUAUAUGUGAUAGCGAAACCUAUUGUGGGCUACAUCGCCGAUUACUUUUCGCAUUUUCGUAAAUUUAUUUUCUCCUUACUCAUUUUACUGAUGACGCUUUCUUAUGCUGCUUUCUACUUUGUACCGCCUGCCGUACCGCAUGCCAUCAAUUUGGAUGUAACGGAUGUUUGGAAUUUCAACUUUGUUGCGGCAGAUUUGGUGAACUGCUCUUCGGAGGUAAGUGCGAUUGUAUUUUUUGGAACAAUUAUUGGUAAUAUAUAACAUUAUAAUAUAGAGGUCUGAGUUCUUAGGUCUUCGUCUUGAUUUUAUACUUUAAAUAGAGGAUUCUAUAUGUUAAACCCCUACAGAACGGCUAAAAAAACUCUGAUUCCAAUUUUAAAUGAAACCAACUCAUAGGUACGCCAAAAGGCACAUUCUUUUAUUGACUCUGUGAGAAAUAGUCUAGAAAAAGUCCAUCGUAUCUAAGUUGCAUGUGCUGGAUGGAUAAUCUCACUAGUUUUUUUUACAGCU